CAAGCAUAGACUAUAACCAGAACUCUGAUAUCAUCAGAUGCUAUGAAGCAGCUUCAUGUUUGCAAGAGCUCCUGAGCACGCAACAAAGCAGUUUGUAAAAGGGCCCGAGAAAUGUGCCGUGCUGGGCGCCGCACAAGCUCAGCAGGACAGGCAUGGUCCAGUUUAUAAGCGGUAAUUCCAGAAAACCUCAUGAGAAGAUUCUGUCACAGGACAGCAGCUGGCAAGCAAGAGGAAAUGUGAGUCUGCAGCACGUCUGCUCCAGUGAAGGUCUCCAGGCUGCGACAGAAAAGAAGGUCAGGCUUUUCCAGCUGUGCAAGGGGAAGCUGAAGCAGCAGAUGUUUCACAAUGAGCGCACCGUUCCCUACCACAGCACGAUACAGCCCUGCUUGCUGGAGCUGGCCCAGUGGGAUGGCGCAUGACGAAGCUUGGCACCGUGGGCUGAUGAGGCAGGCUGCCUCACGUGAGGACGACUACAACUGGACUGACUGUGAGGCUGACAGUUUGAGCGAAGUCCCUGCCACGCUGCUCAUCUGCCUCUGCGGGCUGGUGGGCAACGGGGCCGUCCUCUGGCUCCUCGGCUCCCACAUCCGCAGGAACCCCAUCACCGUCUACGUCUUCAGCUUGGCCAUUGCUGACUUCACCUUCCUCCUCUCCAUUGCCAUCGCCCUUGUGAUGUUUUAUGGACCACUGAGCUUUUGUCACAGGCUGGGCUCACGGGAUGUGAUGGCUAUGUUGAACAUCAUCAUCAUCUUCGUUUUCACCACCAGCAUAUACCUCCUGGCGGCCUUUGGUGCCAGCACGUCCCUGUCUGCCCUCUGCCAGGCCUGCUGGCCCCGCUACCGCUCCUGGCACUUGCCAGCACUUGUGUGUGCCCUGCUCUGGGCCCUCUCCUUCUUGCUUACCGUGACCCUCUACUUCUCCCCAGUGGCACUUGUCAUCUUCGUCCUGAGCUACCUGUUGUCGGUGCUUAUCCUGAUUCUUUCCAGUCUAACCCUUUUUGCCAAGGUCUUGUGCUGUUCAUGGCAACAUCCCCUGAGGAAGCUCUGUGUUGUGGUUCUGCUCGUUGUCAUCUCUUUCCUCUUCUUCAAUGCUGGCUUUCCUUACUGGCUCUUGCUAAGAUUGUUUGAUUUUUCAGUUCUCUUCUUUGACACACCUCUCCUAUUUGCCUGUGUGAGCAGCAGUAUCAAUCCUAUUAUUUAUUUCCUGGCAGGGAGCUGUACAAAGAAGUUCCCAGUCUCUGCUAGGCUUGCUUGUCAGAGGGCUUUUGAAGACGUCAUGGAACCUGAAAACAGAAGUGAAACUCCCAGAGAAAGCUCAGUGGAAAUAAAUGUUUAACCUUCUCCAGCCCCUCCCUGGGAGAAGAUCCUCUAGGGAUGGCGGUGUCCUGUGAGACAGGGUGAGGCAAGAACGAUGGCUUUGGUGCUGCGCAGAACUAGCAGCAAGACAAUGUGCUGGGCAGCACAGGAACCUGUGCCUGGGGUUGGCACUGGGCAGGUGGUAAAACACCCAUCAAAACGUUUUGCUCUGAAAUCUUUGCUUUGAAUCUGUCCUAUCUAACAGGUCUGAGCUGUUCCUUCUUCAAAAGUGAGCUUGCUCUAGCCAGUGUGCUAUUAAAGCAAAGCCAAAGCCAUGGAGGCUCUUAGCUCCUGCCGGUGCUUUUUUUUCGUGUGUCUGCUGAAGAGCUGAGCACUGCUGGAUGCAAGAACCUGGCAAAGCAGGGCAGAGUAAUGCCUCAGCAAAGCUUUGUGUGUGCAGCCUUGGUGGGUGUGGAUACAUGCAAAGACUACGCAGAGAACUCCCGUUCGGCUUUGUGAAGAGGGAAGUAGCCAUGUGUGUGUGAUCAGCCCCAGAAGGCUUUCCCCAAAAUGCAGUGCUUCUUCUGGCAGCAAGGCAGACAAGUUUUGUCCACGCAUCAUGUUGGCCAUCUGCACACAAUGGUUUGGACUGGAACUGGCUCUUGCAGUCCUUCCCACUCUCCUCUGGGCUGUCAUAUGGUUAGCCUGAGCAGAUGCCAUUUUGCAACCACAACCUGAUGAUUGUAUCCAGCUCUGGUGUGUUUGGUCCUUCUCCAGAAAAACAAGAGGAGUAGCGUUAGGAUCAAACAGAAACAGAAAAGGACAGCUCUGCUUGAAGACUGUAAAGUCUGGAUUUUCAAGGUGACAGAGGAUACUGGGCGAUGGAAGGAAAACAAUUAACUUUUUAUGGAAACAACCCUGCUGAAGCUGUGAGAACUGACUCCUGGUAGGAGGCACCCUCCAGGUGAAAGGAGCAGUGCCAGUGCUUCCUUGGUUCCUCUUCCUUUGGGUGCGUUCCUGCCCUCCACAUCUGUCAGCCCGUCCUAUGAGGAGCUGGGGUCUGGAAUGAAAACUGGUCACUUGGUGCUCAGCUGUUCCUAGGAAGAGCUUCCAGCUCUAACGUGGUGGUGGAGCUGAACUGCAGGCUUCUUGCAGGCAGCUUCUCUGCUACCUGCAGCAUUCUGGGCAGAUGCUGUCGGCUGCCCAGGGCCUUCGCAAUGUGAAUGGGGAGGUCUUGUCACUGAUAACGCUGCCACAUCCCAGCUGUUCCAGUGUUGUUCCACCUGCGGUGGGAUGAGGCACAGCAUGCUUGGGAGGCACCUGUGCUCCCCAUGGACAAGCCAGGGGCUUAGAAAUGAAAGGGAAUGAGCAGUGUUGUAGGAAAGACAAGCCAGGCCUGCUCUGCUCAGCAGUGACAACCCAUGCAGCAAUGCAAGUGCGUGCAGGGUGCAUCACAGCAGGUCCUCCAUCUCCUCCAGGCAAAAGCUUCAGAGCUAAGAAAAGCUUCAUUUUUUUAAAUCAGGUGCACCUACACUCUCAGCUGUGCUGAGGUAGGGAGAGAUUUGUGUGAGCUGGGGGUUGAGCCAGCUCUGAGGCCCUAUGUGCAGCCACCGAGUAAACAUGCACACCUUCAGAGGUUCAUUCACCGCACCUGCAUGAAGACACAGGCUAGAGCAUCUGCUUGCAUCACGGUCUCUUUGGUGAGACUGUGGGACAACACUAGAGAAACAAACUUGAAAGAGGUGCCCCCUUCUCAGUGUGAACAGCUCCACCUGCUUCAGGGUGCGAACCAAGGGUUCAGGGCAGAGGGAAAGAAUAAUGGGCGCAGAGAUACCUCUAAGAUAUUCCUAGAGAGAGAGCAUUAGACUGAAGACAGUGUGUGAGACUGAGGUGGGGAGAACAGGCAAAAAAUAAAGGGGAAGUGCCAGGAACAUUUGGGAAUAAAGACUGGGUAUGCUGGGCCAGCUCUGCCAGCAGCCCUGGAGCUGGGGAAUUGCUGCUGGUGCUGUGCAGGAUCCAUCCCAGUGCAGGAUGUGUCCCCAUGCUGGAUGUGUCCCAGUGUUGGAUGAGACCCUGCAGCCAGCCAAGGUCCCAGAGCUCCCGUUCCUGCUCAGGGAAACCCUCCUGGGUCACCUGGUCCGAGAGGGAGAUUUUGGUGGGGCUGCAUUGCCAGCGAGCCUCUCCUCAGCAGUGUGUCCUGUGUGUACCUGAGAGUAGGUGAGAAGGAGGAAUGAGCAAGAGUGAGAAAGAAAAAGAGGGCAGCAUCCAACAGUGCUCUUCCUAGUGUGUGACAGGGCAAUACCCUGUCCAGCCUGGGGCAUGAAAUUGUUAAAGUGACCUCUCUGUGGAAUCUUUUCAUGUUUUAUUGAAACCAUUGCCAAGUUAAGCUUGUAUUUUCUUUGACCAUACUUCAGGAAGAAAACAUCACAGGAAGUAUGAAAUGUACAAAAAGAAUUAUUAUUAUUAUUAUCAUCAUCAUUAUUAUUAUCAUCAUCACCAUUAUUAUUAUCAUUAUCAUUAUCAUUAUCAUUAUCAUUAUUUUAAUGUUAUAAAAAAAAAAAAAGAGUGUUAAAGAUGCUAUAAAAACCAGAUAACCGACA